UGUCCAGUUCACAAGCCGGUGUGAAGGGACGGGAUGCUAGGGUUUUUGUCGGCACGACAAGCGGGUUUGGACGACCCUCUUCGCCUUCGGAGAGCGGAGUCCACACGGAGGGUUUUGGGACUGGAGUUAAACAAAGACAGAGAUGUUGAAAGGAUCCAUGGCAGUGGAGUUAACACCCUUGACAUUGACCCUGUUGAAGGGAGAUACAUGUUAACAGGUGGUUCAGAUGGUGUGAUUGUGCUUUAUGAUCUUGAGAACUCCAGCAGACAACCUUAUUACACAUGUAAAGCAGUGUGUUCCGUUGGCAGAAGCCAUCCUGAUGUUCACAAAUACAGUGUGGAGACUGUACAGUGGUAUCCUCAUGACACUGGCAUGUUCACAUCAAGCUCAUUUGAUAAAACUCUGAAAGUAUGGGAUACAAAUACUUUACAAACUGCAGAUGUAUUUAAUUUUGAAGAAACAGUUUAUAGUCAUCAUAUGUCUCCAGUUGCCACCAAGCACUGUUUGGUAGCAGUUGGUACUAGAGGGCCCAAAGUACAACUUUGUGACUUAAAGUCUGGAUCCUGUUCCCACAUUCUACAGGGUCACAGUCAAGAAAUAUUGGCAGUUUCCUGGUCACCACGUUAUGAGUAUAUCUUGGCAACUGCAAGUGCUGACAGUAAAGCAAAAUUAUGGGAUGUGAGGAGAGCAUCAGGAUGUUUGAUUACUCUUGAUCAGCAUAAUGGGAAAAAGUCACAAGCAGUUGAAUCAGCAAACACUGCUCAUAAUGGGAAAGUUAAUGGCUUAUGUUUUACAAGUGAUGGGCUUCACCUCCUCACUGUUGGUACAGAUAAUCGAAUGAGGCUCUGGAAUAGUUCCAAUGGAGAAAACACACUAGUGAACUAUGGAAAAGUAUGUAAUGACAGUAGAAAAGGAUUGAAAUUCACUGUCUCCUGUGGCUGCAGUUCAGAAUUUGUUUUUGUACCAUAUGGUAGCACCAUUGCUGUUUAUACAAUUUACUCAGGAGAACAGAUAACUAUGCUUAAGGGACAUUAUAAAAGUGUUGACUGCUGUGUAUUUCAGUCUAAUUUCCAGGAACUUUAUAGUGGUAGCAGAGACUGCAAUAUUCUUGCUUGGAUACCGUCCGUAUAUGAAUCAGUUCCUGAUGAUGAGGAGACUUCAACCAGAUCACAGUUAAAUCCAGCAUUUGAAGAUGCCUGGAGCAGCAGUGAUGAGGAAGGAUGACUAUCAUUCUGAGUACUUUUUGUCUCUAUUGAUGAAACUUUUAAAACAGGACUGUUUUAUUUUUUUAAUUGUCCAGUGACAGCUACAUUAGCCCUGAAUUUGGGUGGUUUUUUUCCUUUUGUUUUAAAAUGAAGUUAAUAGUUGCAUGAAAUCCUGCAGCAGAGUUCCAUAUAGUUUAUUUAAUCAGAACAUGUCUCCUUGAUCCCAGUUGCUGUUGUCUGCCGCAGCCCGUAGAGCUAUAGUAGAAGGAGACAGGUCAUGGUAGCCCCUUUGUGGGAACUUGAGCAGAUUGUGUGAACAAUAAGAUGCAGUCUUGGAGGGUGAGCACGUAGAGAUUAUCAGCACUGACUUUCUCCUGCUGGUUGUACCAUCACCUUGCUCAUUUUCACUUUCAAGAAUGAUUUUACUAAGGAUUAUAUCAAAAAGUUUAGUUGAAAAGUUA